GUGGGGUGGGGCGGGGCGGGGCCGGGCGCGCGCGGUGGCGGUUUGGCCGCGAUUGUGUCACGUGAGCGGAGGCCCGAGAGGAGGGAUGAAGCAGCAGGUGCCGGUGGCCGCCUUCCUGAGCAAACUGUGGAGCCUGGUGGAGGAUCCCGACACCAACGAGUUCAUCUGCUGGAAACAGAAUGGCCACAGCUUUCUCGUGCUGGAUGAGCAGAGGUUUGCCAAAGAAAUCUUACCCAAGUACUUCAAGCACAACAACAUGGCCAGUUUUGUGCGACAGUUGAAUAUGUAUGGUUUUCGUAAAGUACUAAAUGUUGAUGGAGGUGUUAUCAAACAGGAGCGUGAUGGACCUGUGGAAUUUCAGCAUCCUUAUUUUAAACAAGGACAAGAUGAAUUACUUGAAAAUAUAAAACGGAAGGUAUCUUCAACGAAACCAGAAGAAGCUAAAAUUCAGCAAGAAGGCUUAAAUACAAUUCUAUCCAGUGUCCAAGAAAUAGAAGGAAAACAGGAGAGCCUUGAUACCAGAUUAGCUUCAUUGAAAUGGGAGAAUGAAACACUGUGGAGAGAGAUCGCAGAUCUUAGACAGAAGCAUGCUCAGCAACAGCAAGUAAUUCGACAGAUUAUUAAGUUUAUUAUUAGUUUGGUGCAGAAUAACCAAAUUGUUACCUUGAAACGGAAAAGGCCAAUAAUGAUUAAUGCCACAGGACCUUCUAAGCCAAAGUAUUUUCAUCACAUAGUAAAAGAACCAACCAGUGCCACCCAUGUACCUGUGAAAGGACCCAAUGGUGUGAAAGCGAGGACUAAAACCUCAGAUGAUGUUGUUAUCUGCGAUGUUACAGAUGCCCCAUCAGAAGACACUGAAGAGGAUGAAGAUUCAAUAUGUGCUAUUAAUGAUGACCUAUCUGGAGCAGCAGAACAGGACAAUUCUUUGUGUGAAGAGAGCGUCACAAUUGAAGAACAGUUUCAUCCAUCACCUGAAUCAAUGGAUGUUUGCAGUACUGACAAUGUUAUGAACACUAUGAUGAAUGAAAAUGGGGAAAUGACCACUGAGUCGACUGUAAACUCUGAAGACCCUAUCUCCAUGAUGGAUUCAAUUUUAAAUGAAAAUGCAGUUAUUUCACAGAAUAUAAAUCUCCUUGGAAAGAUAGAGCUUAUGGACUAUUUGGACAGUAUCGACUGUAGUUUAGAGGAUUUUCAGGCCACGUUAUCGGGAAAACAAUUUAACUUGGAUCCAGAAACCCUAUUAGAUGUAUCUGGAAGUAAAGACAACCACAUUGGAACAGAAUCUAAAGUGGUUGAAAACAAGUCUUCAGAUACUGGUAAACAACUAAUGCAGUACAAUUCCUAUCCUGUGUUAGCUUUCUUAGAUGGGAGCACCUCACCUACUUUGGAAAAAGAACACACUGUAUCUGCCCAUAUGGGCACAUACGAUGACAAUCUUGUGGAAAGAAAUGAGUUGGUUGAAGAGGAAAUUGAGAAAAAAACAACCAGUCAGCUAUUUAAAUUAGAACCUCUGACAGAAGAAGAGGCUAGUGAAGAAACAUUGUUUUAUUUGUGUGAACUAGUUCCUUCAAACACUCUAGAUGGUGAAAGUUCUUUAUUGGACAGUUAGCUGUUAAAUUAACAAAGGUUCUUGCCUUCUAUGUCGUGUACAGAUUAUACAUGGUAUCUAACUUGUGUUUUUUUAAUUAACUUAAAACUUGAAUAUUUAAUUUAUAUUGUAAAAUUUAUUUGUUUGGUGUCUCAUACUUUUUGUUGUAAAUAUGUUGCAUUUGCUUUCUUUUGAAGAUAUGCAAAGCAUUUUAUCUUCUGUAUUUUCUGAAAAUUCUAUUGGAAAUGCAGAUUUGUUUAUGUAACUUUGUAACUUCAUCAAGUGACUUUUGUGCAAUUGAUGUCACAAGUUCAUUGUUUUUAUUACUAAUGGCCUCUUCACUUUUUCAGUCAGAUCAUUCUGAAGUGAAUGCAUCAACUUACAAAUUAGAAUGAGUUUCCAGCAAGAACUACAUUGUACAAAAUACCUUAGUAAGGGGAGGAAAUGCAGGUAUUAUUCAUGUCGAUAGAAUCCCCAAACAAGCUUGGAACUGCAUACAUUAAUGAACAUGUUGCUCAUGUUCUAUUACUUGUGAAACUAAAGCAUAAGGUGGCAUUGAAAUAGAAGAGGUUGAAUAUUCUGUCCUUUAGAGCUGUUUGUAUUCGUCUACUAUGUUUUGUACAAAUCUAGGGACAAUGCUCAGCUGUCCUUGAAAUGGAAGUAGGAUAUCUGUACUUUGAAUAACUAAAAAACAUGAAUAUUCUCAAUCUCAAACCAUUGUAAUGUUUUCCAGCUUCAAAGAUUGUGAUACUGUGAAUUAAAGGGUAAGGAAGUUGUAGGGGGAGUAUAUUUGUCGAAGUACAUGCAGUAUUUAUUUUAUUUAUGUACAGCCUCUCAGUCAUGUGGGACUUUGUUUCCUUCAUUUCUCAGGUGCUCCAUGUUUAAAGGCUAGAGCAGCUGCAUUCAUUGCAAUAGGAGCUAGCACUUUGGACCAGCCUGCCAAUUGAUCCAGAGCCCUGAUAAACAACUUGCUGGAAAGUACCAGUAUCCAGCCAACUGGAGAUUUUGAAUGUUAGGGGUUUGAAGUGCUGGUUUCUAUUGCAUUGGGAUGCAUGUAAUAUUCCCAUGACAUGUCAGGGAGUGCCUGAGGAUGGAAGGAGAUUUAAAAUGGUCAAUGAGGAUAUUUGAUGUUUGGUAAUAUACAGUACAUCUUUUUAAAAAAAUUAGCAGAUAAGGGUAUGCUUCAAUAAAGUAUUCUCCUAAACCUCCUUCCCCCUUUAAGAAAUCUAAUUCCAACCUCUAUAAUUUUAAGGGGAAGGGGGAAAGUGCCUGUAUGCUAUUUAAUGUUGCCCAAAAUGUUGACAUGCACUGAGGACCAAAAUGUGUAAUCUGACUUUAUUUUGGUUUUAUGUGUAUAUGCGGUUAUCUGUAUCUAACUUGUCUCUUUUUUAUUCACAAUAAAAUGUGAUUAUUUUGAUGCUUA